AGAAUUCUAGGCCUUCUUUCUACCAAACUAAUAAAUAUUAGUUUUGCAAAAAAGCCGUCUUCUCUUUUAACAACAAUUGAAACUAUUCUGCACAUCUCCACAACUGUUCAAUUGAAUUUUUCUUAUUUUAUUAUCCCUCUGCUUCUGCAUAAUCAAGAACGCCAUCUUCCCUAAUACAGUAAUCAUAUUGCUUCAACAACAUAAUGAUGCAUAGCACCUUAAUGUUAUGUAUUUGGUUCUUGUUAUUAUCCUACUUGUCAGAAACUUGCACUUCACUACACAGUUUAGAAGUGAAUCAAUCCAUCCGAGAUGGUGAGACUUUGGUUUCAGCACGUGGAAUUACUGAAGUGGGUUUCUUCAGUCCCGGAAAUUCAACAAGACGAUACUUGGGUAUAUGGUACACAAAUGUAUCCCCUUUCACAGUAGUGUGGGUGGCUAACCGAAAUACACCUCUAGAGAAUAAAUCUGGAGUGCUGAAACUCAACGAAAAAGGGGUCCUUAUGAUUUUCGAUGCUGCAAACAGCACCAUUUGGUCGUCCAGCAUACCAAGCAAAGCAAGGAAUAAUCCAAUUGCUCAUCUCUUGGAUUCUGCAAAUUUUGUAGUGAAAAAUGGACGCGAAACCAACAGUGUUUUGUGGCAGAGUUUUGAUUAUCCAAGUGAUACAUUGAUCCCAGGAAUGAAGAUUGGAGGGAACUUGGAAACUGGUGAAGAAAGGUUAAUAACAUCUUGGAAAAGUGCUGAUGAUCCGGCCGUGGGAGAAUAUACCACAAAAAUUGACCUUAGAGGAUAUCCUCAAUAUGUUGUGCUCAAAGGAUCUGAGAUUAUGGUUAGAGCCGGGCCUUGGAAUGGCGAAUCAUGGGUUGGAUAUCCGCUUCAAACUCCAAAUACAUCACAAACUUUUUGGUUCAAUGGAAAAGAGGGGUAUUCUGAGAUCCAGCUACUUGAUAGAUCAGUCUUCAGCAUAUACACACUGACUCCUUCAGGAACUACAAGGAAUUUGUUUUGGACAACUCAAACGCGUACACGGCCAGUCCUUUCAUCGGGGGAAGUGGAUCAAUGCGGCAAAUAUGCUAUGUGCGGUACAAAUUCUAUUUGCAAUUUUGAUGGUAACUACGCAACUUGUGAGUGCCUGAAAGGUUAUGUUCCCAAGUCUCCUGAUCAAUGGAAUAUAGCAUCUUGGUCCGAUGGUUGUGUUCCAAGGAAUAAAUCAAAUUGUGAAAACAGUUAUACAGACGGCUUCUUCAAGUACACACACUUGAAAAUACCGGAUACAUCUUCAUCGUGGUUUAGUAAGACUAUGAACCUUGAUGAAUGUCGCAAGUCAUGUCUUGAAAACUGUUUUUGUACAGCUUAUGCAAAUUUAGAUAUUCGUGAUGGAGGAAGUGGCUGUCUACUUUGGUUUAAUACUUUAGUUGACAUGAUGCAAUUUUCUCAAUGGGGUCAAGACUUGUAUAUCAGAGUCCCUGCUUCCGAAUUAGAUCAUGUUGGCCAUGGAAACAAGAAAAAGAUAGCAGGAAUCACUGUUGGUGUGACUAUCGUUGGAUUAAUCAUCACAAGUAUAUGCAUAUUGAUGAUUAAGAAUCCAAGGGUUGCAAGGAAAUUUUCAAACAAGCAUUACAAAAAUAAACAGGGAAUAGAAGACAUCGAGUUGCCAACUUUUGAUUUGUCAGUUUUAGCAAAUGCCACUGAAAACUAUUCAACCAAAAACAAGCUUGGAGAAGGUGGCUUUGGACCAGUAUACAAGGGCACAUUGAAAGAUGGACAAGAAUUAGCGGUGAAAAGGCUUUCAAACAACUCUGGUCAAGGGUUAGAAGAGUUUAAAAAUGAAGUAGCCUUGAUUGCCAAACUUCAGCACCGUAAUCUUGUAAAGCUUCUUGGAUGCUGCAUCGAAAGAGAAGAAAAAAUGUUGGUCUAUGAAUACAUGUCCAACAAAAGCUUGAACUACUUUGUUUUUGAUGAAACUAAAGGCAAGUUACUAGAUUGGUGUAAGCGUUUCAACAUUAUCUGUGGCAUUGCUCGCGGAUUAUUGUAUCUUCAUCAAGAUUCAAGGCUGAGGAUUAUUCAUAGAGAUCUUAAAACUAGCAACAUUUUAGUGGAUUCAAAUUGGGACCCCAAGAUAUCCGACUUUGGCUUGGCUCGAUCAUUUUUGGAAGAUCAAUUUGAAGCAAAGACCAAUAGGGUGGUUGGAACUUACGGUUACAUGCCUCCUGAGUAUGCUGUACGUGGGAAUUUCUCGGUGAAAUCAGAUGUAUUUAGUUUUGGUGUAAUAAUACUAGAGAUUGUUAGUGGGAAGAAAAACAGGGAAUUUUCAGACCCAGAACACUGCCAUAAUCUUCUUGGACAUGCAUGGAGAUUAUGGGUAGAAGAGAGGGCACUAGACCUAUUGGAUAAAGUGUUAGAAGAACAAUGUAGACCAUUUGAAGUCAUACGAUGCAUACAAGUGGGCUUAUUAUGUGUACAAAGAAGACCAGAACACAGACCAGAUAUGUCAUCAGUGGUUCCAAUGUUGAAUGGAGAGAAAUUAUUGCCAGAACCAACGGUUCCUGCCUUUUACAAUGAGACAAUUAUAACUGAAGUAAAUUGCAAAUUAUGCUCAUCAAAUGAACUUUCGAUAACGCAAUUAGAUGCAAGAUAGAAUAUAGAGGCAAUAAAAUGUCAACUCUUUUAUCUUUCGUCAUUGGUUUAAUGAAUAUGAGCUCUUAUAUAUCCAAACAUUUGAUUGAGAUAAAUAAAAGAUUCUACAAGUUACACUAA